CUGUACAUUUGGCAACUCUGGCUAUUGGCAGCGCCGUGUGUGUUGUUAUAAAACCAAUUGCGCUUGUUUUCAUCAUUGCUGAUUGAUUUGCAUUGAAAUGUCAAUACCAUUUAGCGGCACGUUGCGCCGCUCGGGCGGCAUAGUGUCAGCCAUAGGCAAGCAGCUAAAAAGCGUUAAUCUAAAAGGCGUCAAACGCAUUACAGUGCAGUUCGAUCCUUUUGCCGAAAAUGUAAAAGCCACACGAGAAUUUCUCUUCCUGCUUUCCACGCCCAAAGUUUCGCAGUCGAACCCGAAGUGUAUUGUUAAGCCGGAUAUAGUCUGCGAUCGUUCACCAGCUUUCAUUAAAUUUUCGCUCAUUGACUCGGCGCAAGAACAAGCCAAAGUGAAGGAGAUUCGUUUCAAUAGCGACAAUCUAAAUACCCUGGAAUUGCUACAGCUUCUGAAUAAGCACGUCUCCACAUUAGCGCCGCCGGAGGAGAUUGUCAAGAAGGUUUUGACCAAAGCAGAGAAACAGAAGCUGGGCAGCGGCGCCGGUGGAAAGAAGGCCAUUAAAAAGAAAUAAAUUCUGUGACCAAAGACACCCCAGGGACCCUAGAUCUCCAGCCACAUCAUGGCGCGGAAGCACAAGGGCACGCUGGCUGUCAUUGAGCAGAUCUAUCAGGACAUACCCGCUUUCACCGAUAUCUUCACGGAAGAGAGCUUCUACACGUUCGCCUUUUGUUUCGUUUGUGCCACAAUUUUGGUGGCAUUCAUUUUAUCUCGCUUUAUCACCAUCAAGCCCGUUGAUUUCUGAUUUGUGAGCCAACAUUAAAAAUAUUUAAGCUUUAAUAUGUAAAACACUCCA